AUGGCCUCCGUCUCGGAGCUCGCCUGCAUCUACUCGGCCCUCAUCCUGCACGACGAUGAGGUGACGGUCACGGAGAAUAAGAUCAAUGCCCUCAUUAAAGCAGCCAGUGUAAAUGUUGAACCUUUCUGGCCAGGCUUGUUUGCAAAGGCUUUGGCCAAUGUCAACAUCGGGAGCCUCAUCUGCAAUGUGGGGGCUGGUGCUACACCAGCAGGAGGUCCUGCCCCCUCCACCACUGCUGCCCCAGCUGAGAAGAAAGUGGAAGCAAAGAAAGAAGAAUCUGAAGACUCUGAUGAUGACAUGGGCUUUGGUCUUUUUGACUAA